AUUGAAGCUGCUUUUGUCUCUCCUAAAACUUCACCAGGUACACUCACUCAUGACUCAUCUCGUUUAUGUCGCUUCCAUUUGCACAGAGUCCCAGAGUGAUGUACUCAAUUGUCGCAACAAAUGGCCGCUUCACUCACUAAAACCGCCAUCUCUCAAAUUCUUCGAUCAACCAUUCUCAUUACCAAAUGUCCUGUAUCUAAAAUCCCGUCUUCUUCCAUCUCCCCUUUCCCCAUAAUAACUAAGCCAAAGGUUCCUAAUUUUCCCAAAUUCAUAGCAUCACAAGUAAUGGCUUCAUCAGGGUCCAAGGAAUCACCCGCCAACAAUCCCGGACUCAAUACCAACCUUGAUGACGCCACCAAAGGUUACAUCUUGCAACAAACUAUGUAUCGAAUUAAGGACCCAGAAGCUAGUUUGAAGUUCUACUCUGAAGUGUUGGGCAUGUCGUUACUUAAGAGGUUGGAUUUUCCAGAUAUGCAGUUUAGCUUAUACUUUUUGGGAUAUGAGGAUACGUCAUCUGCUCCAAGUGAUCCAGUUGAACGUACUUCUUGGACCUUUGGACGGAAAGCCACGAUAGAGCUUACUCAUAACUGGGGUACGGAAAAGGAUCCUGAUUUUAAAGGUUAUCAUAAUGGAAAUUCCGACCCUCGUGGGUUUGGACAUAUAGGCAUCACAGUGGACGACACUUACAAGGCGUGCCAGAGAUUUGAAAGAUUAGGAGUGGAGUUCGUAAAAAAACCUGAUGAUGGAAAAAUGAAGGGGAUAGCAUUCAUUAAAGAUCCUGAUGGCUAUUGGAUUGAAAUAUUUGAUACCAAAACAAUUGGAGGAGUGGCUGCUGAUGCUGCUUGAUAUAGUAAUGGACUUGCUUGUAUUGCAGAAUUGUUUUCAGGGCUUUGUCCGCCAGGGGCAGUAGAGUGGAACAUGACUAGUUUGUAUGUUUAUCUAAUAGGGAGGUUUUUGGAGUAAAAUUUAAUUUUGAUGCAGGAGGGCAGAAUCUACUGGUCUGGAUUCCAGUGAUCUCCAAAACGCGAAGAUAACUUUGAGGAAGGAUAUUGUUCAUCGUGUUUAUUUCAUGAAUGUACUGUUUCGUCUUGCUGAUUUAUAAUUCUUAGAGGCGCAGUAAACUGUUUUGAGCUGUAGUUGUACUAGCAUUUGGUUUUCAACAUUAGCUGGUGUCUUGCUUGUAUGAACUUGGAAUCUGUUGUGAGCUUCAUGAGCUAAUGAACAAAUCAAGAUUCAGGGGAAGCAGAGACGUUGUGUCCUUACUUUGGAUAGAAUAUGUUACGCUUCUUUCACAACGCGAAGCAUAUUAUUUGAAUA